AGUUCGAGUAGUGCGGACGUCCCGCGAUGCCGGUCCGUUCUAAAUUGCUGGCAGAAAUGCUAUCUCGAAGACAUAACUUUCGAAUAAUAGAAAGUAAAUUGAAAAGUUAAGGACAAAAAGAAAAUGAGUUAAUUUAAUUUUUAUAUAAAUUUUUAUUUAAUUCUGUUACUGUUUACAAGGUCACGUCCAUCAAUCGAUAAACAAUUAAAUACGUGUGACCAUAUAUCGGACUCGUGUUUUUGAUAUUAUAUAUAAGUGCCAAUACAUAGCUUAAGGUUAAACUUAGUGAUUGGAAAAGACAUAAAAACUUUCUUCUUCAUGGAAUAUGGGCAUCUGUUUAGACACAGGUAAGGUGUUUUACCGCCAAUUGCCUGGAUAAUACUUAUUAAUAUUUUUAAAACAUUGAGCGGAAUUAACGUCAAAUGUAUUUUAAUGAUAUCCACCUCGAAUAACAUGUGUUAAUCUGUAUGUCAUUCAAUUGGCGCUAAUCAUGGGAAACAAACAUAUUCUAUUUGAAAAUUGGAGAAGCGAAAAUUAAAGAGAAAAUUAUGAAAUGAAUACAGUCGAGGAGAACUAAGUCGUAAAAGCAAAAUCAAUUUUUUUCAGUGUAAAUAAAAUAAGAACAAAACAAUGAAGAAUUGGAGACGGCGGAACGCAGUCGUGGCAGCACCAGGCAGACUUCUCCUAUGGGAGCUAGCUUCCCCAUGCAGAACUCGAGUCACGUUAAGUUUGAACCACCGAACGUUCCAGUUAUAUUUGUAUUGGGAGGCCCGGGCAGUGGCAAGGUGACACACUGUGACAACCUGAUGCAGGAGAGACGUGGCCUCGUACAUAUCAAUAUGACAGAUUUACUGCAGCAGUACGCUAUUGGCAACGACAUGCAAGACUUCGGUACACUGUCAAGUAAAACGGUGACAGAGGUGCUGAUGUUGGAGAUGAAGAUGGCGCCCACCGCUAAGACCUACCUUGUGUCUGGCUAUCCACGGUCUAUGAGGGAUGUUGCAGAAUAUUCAGAUAAGAUACAAACAAUUAGUGGUGUGAUUCUCGUGAGCUGGCGGCAGAAAGUUCUAGAACGACAAAUAGAGUAUGGGGCGCGGCUCGGCCACGUGGUGCUCAGCCUGGCGAGGAUGGAAUUAAACAAUUUCUAUAAGAAUGUGAUGCCCGUUGCUGACUAUUUUGAUCAGAGCAAUAUGCUUGUUGCGGUGAAUGGUGAACGGAACCCUGAUGAAGUGUACAAAGACUUUCGCGCUGCCGUUCUGCAGAUACUAACAUCCGUAGAAGAUGAGGAUAUGAAUGGUGGCAUACCGGGUGAAAUACUUGGCGUUGAACCUGCACCAACAAGAAAUGGAACUGAAUUCCAAGACAUUGAUGUCGAAUAUAUGCCAGUAACAACUCGGCCAAUGCCAAUUGUUUCGUCCAAUGUCCCACAGAGCAUACCACACGCCUUGCCACAGAGUAUGCCAAAAGUCUUAGCUGUCAACGGUGUGGACCGUGUGAACUCAAGACCUGAAGUAAUAAGAGUUCGCGGUACCGCGAUUGCUACUCCUACGCUUUGGGUUGUAGGUGGUCCGGGUAGCAAUAAAGCCGCCUUGUGUCAACGAGCGGUGACACAAAGACACGGUUGGACCCUUUUCAGUCUCGGCCAACAUCUUCGCAUCCUAGCUGAUGCUGGAGGAGGGCCAGCAUCCGAUGGUGCCUUAUCCCGUGCUGCGAUCAGUGGGGGAGAGUUGGCACCAAAUGACCUGGUCACCAAGUUGGUGACCGCUGCCGCUGUUGACGCAGCGAGAAGUGGCCAUGGUCUAUUACUGGAUGGAUACCCUCGGGAUGUAGACCAGAUGGACUGGUAUCAGAAUGAGUUCAAAGUUCAACCACGUAUGGUACUCUUGGACUGUUCGAAGCUGCAAUUAGGAAGGGGCAGACGAGAUGAUUCUGUGGCUGCGUUUAGAAGACGACUCGAAGUGUUCCGUGAACUCAGCCUUCCAAUGCUGAAAACGCUGGACCAACAGCAUCGGCUUGUUAUUGUUGACGGCGAUACUGAGUCAGAAGACGUUCAAGCAGAAUUCACGAGGGUCCUUCUAGAGGAGAUGGAGAAGGCUGAAGCCCUUGCUGAGAUACCACAACCUGAGUACUCUGCUCCUAAUGAAGCGAUGUCCCAAUUUACACAGGCGAUAUCCCGUAUGGGGGCAGGAUUGACUAAUGGGGUCCCAAAUGGGACCCACAAGGCGGUGUCAAAUGGUAACGUUGGCAACGGAUUCAUUGGAAUAAGUAAUAAUAAGGUGAAACCAUUGGUAAACAUGACACGCAUCCCUUCUGUAUCCCAAAUGACACAAGAUGACGUCAGACGGCUGUACGAACAAAGUUCGGGGGAUAUAACUGUCAAUACACAUAUAUAAUAUACGUGACAGCAUCAAUAGUGAUGUAACAUUGUCCGAAUCAAAAUAGAAUAGGAUGAGUGAAUUCUAUAACUAAUAAAUACUUAUAAAAAUUAUACUAUGACUAAAUAGUCGGUAAUAUACGUAUCAGGGGCUUGAGACAAAAUCACUUUUCGUAAGGCAUCACCCAGUAAACGACAACCGACAAACGACUUUGUAUGAAAAUAGUUACGUGUUAAAGGGGGAAGUCAAUCCCAUCGCAUUCUAGCUAUGGUCUAUACUGUAUAUGGUAAUAUAGAUAUAUAAAUAUAUACUUUGUAUUUUGUUUAAUUUAUGUAGUAAAUAAUUGGUGUAUGUACAUUAUUAAUAAUGCAUUAUCUAUAAAAUGGAUCCAUAGACAUAUUAACUUCAUUAAACCAAGAGCAAUGAAACAAAAACUAAUGGCGCUACAACCUUUUAUGCCUAGGCCACAGAUUUAUGUAUCAUUAGAAUUUCGUAGUCCUUUCUUAUUUUCGAAUAGGCAAGUAGGAAACCAGUCUUCUAUGCCUGACACACGCCAUAAAAAUUUGGCUAUAAGGCUGUUUUCUCACGUUUUUCCUUGACCGUUACAGCAGGUGUUAAAUGUAUACGUAGAAAGAAAAGUCCAGUGGUGGUCCAUGAUUUGAACCACUUAGGCCUCUAAACCAUCACGUCUCCAGAGUUAAUUAAAAUUUUAAUAUACUAAAUUCUUUUGAUAUAGACCAUACGUCACUUAUAUACCUGGAAACCUAGACAAGUAUUUGGCGCAAGUGUAAUGUAGUUGCAUUUUAAUUUUUAUUGAAGAAAGUUUAAACACUUUUAGCAAGACACAAAUCCUGUAUUUGAAUUUUUAAAAAAUCGUAUAGUCACUUUAUCGUCUUGAGAGCUGUCAAAUAUGUCAAACUUCAUACACAAAGUGGUUUGACAGCUCUUAAAAAUAGAUUUUGGUGUGACAUUUUAGAAUACUUUCUUACGGGUAACCUUGGUACCUGAAGAGCCACGCCACAGUACAUAUUGAAUUACUGAAAACCCGACUAAAGAAAUAUAAAAAUUAAUAAAACCUAGACAUUUUCAGGUUACGGCUGGAUAUACAGAUAUUGUAGUAAAUAAACAGAAUAUGUAUGAUAUAAAUGUAUUUUAAUUAUUUAAAAUAUUAUAAAUUUAUAAAUUUUUACGUCGAUAGCAGGUCACACCAUAUUUACCUCGGGCCCCGGUACUAUUCAAAUGUGUCAAACCGACUUACUGUCUAUGGUUCUAUUAUAAUCUAUAAUUUAGCUUAAGUCAAUAUUUAUAUGAAAAUUCGUAAAUAAUAUGGACCAAAUCACUAUAAGUAAAUACGAAGUGUAAUUUCAUAACACAUUAAAUGAAAAUGUUACCGUGUUUUAUAUACUUAUUCUAAAAGCCUAGUUGUAGCCUUGGCUAAUUGUUUAUUUAGAUCUAGUGAUUAAAGCGAAGUUUAGCACGACUCACACAAAGCCUGUGCAUUCUCAAUCUUUGUCAAUAAAUUUAAUUUAUCUAUGACCCUACAACUUAAGUAUUUUUUAACAAGUACAAAGUAAGUUUUACUUGCCUUACACUUCUGCCAUUCGCAUUAGGCGAAACCAAAUAAUCACUUAUUGAGUCGCUAUUUAGUGAUAAUCUGCUCAGUACAGACAAAGUAAUAAUUGUACGACGAUUAUCUAAAAUACACACAUAUUAUAAACAACUAUUUGUUUUAACUAAAGCACUUAUUACAGCACACCUACCUUGAUUUUGAUGCUAUUAUCACGUCAAAUAUCACGCAAUACGAUAUUUUAUCCAAAUAUUUUAAUAGCGUCAACAGAAUUCAUGCGUCAAGUGAAAAAAUAAGAAUGAACGAGUAAUUGAAACUGUAUUAACACAUUUGUAAUUUAAUAAGUCGUAAUGCAGUUGUAAUUGUAAAAUAGUUUUCAUACGCUAAACGUGAAUUUGUAAAUCAAUUUUUCUCACAAAAACGUUUAUUAUUCAAAUUUCUCAACACGUUUGUCAUAAUUAGAUGAGAUUGUGACUCUCGGAACGUAUUCAAAAUAAGUCACUCAUUUUUAAUUGUAGUAUAGUAAUAUCAAUUAGUAUCACAGGGGCCAAGUUAGUCUUAGUAGUAGAAUUAAAAUUAAAGAUUCACUGCACUUGUAAAUUAAAUUUUAUAUUAAUGACCAAUUUAAGGUACAAAUUAGAUUGAUUAUAUAAAUUUAAAAAAAUUAAGGCGAACAAGACGUCUCUUCAUUACUGCUUCUCGUAAGGCAUGAUUGAAAUGAAAAAAAUGAAAAUUAAACAACUUAGAGUAAAUGACUCUUAUUUUUUUUCAAGGAUUUAAAGGUAUGCCUUGUAAUGUAUCACAAUUAAAUAUGCUAAAUGUAAUUACUUUAAAUUGUGUAUGCAACAGAGCGUUUAUUUAUACUCAGGAAUUGUCGUGACAUAAUUAGAGUUAAUCGAAGGAAGGAAAAUCUUAGUAAUAAAAGUUAAACAGGCAAAAAUGAUAUGUAUUUUCGGAAAGAAGCAAAAUGCCUAAAAAUAUGUGUAAAAUUUGAAAUAGAUUUUAAAGUAAUCCUUAAGGUAAUAAUAAGAAGUACAUAAAAUAAACAAAGCAAUUUGUUAACACAUUGUACCUUAGCGCGUAGCCUUAUUUGUAUACAAACAAUAAA